AUGGCAGACAUAAAGAAACUUGAUGGGAAUCCUGCUGUUUACUCAAACCCUCAAAACUUCCUUUCAUUGCCAUUCCCAUAUCCUGGAUCAAAAAGACCAAUAGAUAGGUUUACUAUUAGUGAUGAUGGUUUUUUUACCUUCAUGGGAAGAAAGAAAUUCAGCGAUGUUCUGGACAAAAUCAUAGAAUUUAAAGCGAAAACUGGUUAUAUGAAAAUGUUUAUUUAUGGCACAGUUGGGUAUGGAAAGUCACAUAUUCUCACAGCUAUAGCUUGCUUUCUUCUCCGGAGCGAAAGGCGUGUUGUAUAUCUUCCCGAUUGCCGCGAACUGGCUGUAAACCCAUUAAGCUACAUCAAAUCAGCCUUAUUUCUCACCUAUGCGGAUGAUGAUGCGAAAAUAAGCGAAAUUGAUGCCUGUGAAAAUUUUGAUCAAAUCGUAAAAUUUUGUGAAUUAUUAAAUGAAACGAUAUACUUUAUCAUAGACCAAAUGAAUGCUCUGGAUGAUUCUAGUAAUACUGGAAUUAGCCUAAAGGAAAAGAUUCAAGUUAAACGAAACCUCGAUAAAAUGUGUUCAGAACAUUUUUAUAUUAAGAGUUCUUCAGCAAACAACCAAACAGUAUUGCACCUUAGGCAAAAACAGACCAAUGAAAAGAAAAUUGAACUUUAUGGAGGGUUCGAUAAGGAGGAGAUGGAAGAGUGGUGGAAGAAGCAUAAUUCCGUUUUACCAACAAUGAAUAAUCAGCAGAAGGAUCGAAUUGAAGACAUCACCGGCAAUAUUCCGCUCUUCUUAAACGUUUUGCUGGAAUCUGAUUGCAAGGAUUUUGAAGAUGCAUUAGGCUACUUAGAUCAACAAUUAACAUCAAUGAUACAAGAGCCGAUGACAAGCUUUUCAGAGAAAAUUUAUAAACUAGACAAUAAACAUUGGGAUUUUCACAUCAACUUGAUGUCAUCGUUCCUGACAAAAGGAUAUCCUCCAAGUGGCUACGGAGUUGAUGAUUUUGAUCAUCGCUUCUUCUACAUUAAAGAUGAACUCUGUCAUUAUAUCUGUGGGAUGGCACGGGAUUGCAUGGCGAAUCAUCUCUAUAGAAAGGGUAAAAUGGAAAAGGCGUGUAUUGCUAGUAUUUUUAAGAACGGAAUUAUGGCGAACCGUGUAAAUUUUAAGCCUAACGAUAUGGAAUUUUUUAAUGAUGAAAAGAAAUCCGAUUUUCUUCGAAUGAAGGGAGAUUUGUAUGUUGCCCCAAUACGGAUUACCCUUGAUAAGAGUGGUCAUUCAGAUUCUGAGGGAAAAAUUUUCUCCAGUAUUUGGUCAAAUUUAAAAUCAAAUUUAUCAGGUUUCGAGGACGGAUUAGAGAUAAUAUUCAUAUGGAUUACAAGCAAAAGUGGUACAGACACGAAAAUGGAAAGAAAGUCUAGAAAAACACGAAAUAGUUCUUUUGAAAUUAAUCCCGAAUACAUUCAGUUUAUAGAACUGGCACCGGGUAGCGAUGAUAGGACG